AUGGCUCAGCUCAACCCUCUCAUCACGCCGUUCACAGCAGUUGCCUUCGCUGCAGUACAUCGACGCCACAUAGGAUGUGAGCAACUAUUCGAGCCUUCACCAACUGCAUCAAUCGGAGAAGAUGCAGAUAGUUUAUGGCAGAAACCAUCUGCAUGUUACAUCCGGAUAGAUGUGGCUCAUUUUAUCAAAAUAUACGCAUCUUUGGUGAAGGACUUGCCUAGGCACGUCCGAGUUUUCUAUUUAGGAUCCAUAGGCCAACUCAUCGUGUCUAAAUCAUUGAAGGAGGCUGGGAAGAUCUUGGGAUCCAUCUUGCUGGUAUCUCAAUGUGAGACUGAGGGAUACUUACCUUGCAAAUCAGAGGCAGCAAAAUAUUUCUUGAAAGAAAUCAUUACAAGCUCAGAAGAGAUUGACCAAGCUGCAGAUUCUGAAUUCAUUUCUGAAACUUUGCCACAAGAUUAA